AUGGAGUGGAGAACAAAGACGUUGGACGUCUUGUUUAUCUUCGUCCUUUCUUUCAGUUACGUGCUCAACCAGGUCAGUUAUUCUAUUCCCGAAGAAAUGGCGACGGGUUCCUUCGUCGGAAAUAUCGUUCAGGAUUUAGGAUUGGAUGUUAAAAGACUAAUGACCGGCAAGGCUCGUGUGUAUACAGGAGGCACUACGGAAUACAUAUCGCUUGAUAAAGAAAGAGGAGUCCUUGUCAUCAAAGAGAAAAUAGACAGAGAAUCCUUAUGUGGUGAAACUACGCCUUGUGCGCUGCAUUUCCAGAUAAUUAUUGAAACCCCGAUGGAGUUGUUUCGUGUGACGGUAGAAAUUACUGAUAUAAACGACAAUACUCCCAGUUUUACCAACAACGUGAAGCGCUUUGAAAUUAGCGAAUCUGCAAUUAUAGGAUCGAAAUUCGUUUUGGAGAAAGCCAUAGAUUUAGACAUCGGCCUAAAUGGCCUCCAAAGCUAUUCGCUUAAUCCAACUGCUAACUUCGCAUUGAAACUAGAAAACCAGGCCGACGGAAGUAAAAAGGUAGAUAUGGUUUUACAGAAAUCUCUUGAUCGGGAACAAAACGAACAAUUGUCAUUGCUGUUGACUGCUAUGGAUGGAGGAGAGCCGCAAAUGUCAGGGACGAUGCAGAUACACAUUACUGUAUUAGAUGCAAAUGACAAUUCCCCUGUGUUCACGAAACCGAUUUAUAAUGCCAAAGUAAUGGAAAAUUCCCCAAAGGGCACCAAAUUGACGACUGUAAGUGCAACGGACAAGGACAAAGGUUCAAACGGUGAUAUAUCCUACUUAAUUUCGAACAGCAAGCAUCGUUUAACCGAGCUAUUUCAGGUCGAUAAAAAGAGUGGGGUAAUUAUCUUGAUAGGCGAUAUUGACUAUGAAAAAGCUAAGCAUUAUCAAAUUGAUAUCGAGGCAGUAGACAAUGGAGGACUCUCCGACUCAAGUAAAGUGAUAGUUGAUGUCGUCGACACCAACGACAACCGACCUUAUCCAAACAUUGUUUCUAAAUUAGAAUCUAUAUAUGAGGACUCUCCUCCAAACACGGUUAUAGCAAUGUUGAGCAUAACCGACCCAGACUCUGAAAAUAACGGGGAGGUGGAAUGCCAUUUGAUCGAUAAAAUUGGUAUUCCGUUUAAGAUAGAUUCUACAAUGAACGGGUUUUACAGCGUGGUAACGGAGGUAACAUUAGACAGGGAAGUUGCAUCCCAAUAUAACAUCACCGUGACUUGUUCUGACCGGGGAGUACCGUCUCUCUCCAGUAGCAUCAUUCUCGGCUUAAAGAUUUCAGAUAUAAAUGAUAACGCUCCAGUUUUCGACAGCGGAUCAUAUGAAGCAUUCCUUGUAGAAAACAACGCACCGGGCAUUUCGAUAUUCACUAUGAACGCAAGAGACGCAGACUGGAACCAGAACGCUCGUGUCUCUUUUAUUCUAGAGGACUCUUCUUUAAACGGCGUGCCCGUCUCCUCCUAUGUAUCUGUUAGUGCUGACAGUGGAGUUAUACAUGCAGUCCGAUCUUUUGACUACGAGCAGAUUAAAGAUUUUCAGUUCCGUGUUAAAGCUCAAGAUGGAGGCUCUCCUCCCCUCAGUAGUAACGUGAGUGUGAAGAUACUGAUCCAGGACCAGAACGACAACGCCCCUCAGGUUCUGUAUCCAGUCCAGACUGGUGGUUCUCUGGUGGCUGAAAUGGUACCUCGUUCAGCAGAUGUGGGCUACCUGGUCACUAAAGUGGUGGCUGUUGAUGUGGACUCUGGACAGAAUGCCUGGCUCUCCUAUAAACUACAGAAAGCCACAGACAGGGCGCUGUUUGAAGUGGGCUUACAGAACGGAGAAAUACGAACAAUCCGCCAAGUCACUGAUAAAGAUGCUGUGAAACAAAGACUGACUGUUAUAGUGGAGGACAACGGACAGCCCUCUCGUUCAGCUACAGUCAUUGUUAACGUGGCGGUGGCGGACAGCUUCCCUGAAGUGCUCUCGGAGUUCACUGACUUUACACACGACAAGGAGUACAAUGACAACCUGACUUUUUACUUGGUCUUGGCUUUGGCUGUGGUUUCCUUUCUCUUCAUCACGUGUUUGGUGGUGAUCAUAUCAGUGAAAAUCUACAGAUGGAGACAGUCUCGUAUCCUGUAUCAUUCCAGUCUCCCGGUGAUCCCAUAUUAUCCACCACGGUACUCAGACACUUUGGGGACAGGGACUCUCCAGCCCGUGUACAAUUACGAGGUGUGCAGGACCACUGACUCCAGGAAGAGUGACUGUAAGGUCGGCAACGCUGGUAGUCAGAACGUUCUGAUAAUGGACCCCAGUUCUACAGGGACCAUGCAGCGAAUACAGAGUGAAAAGAGCAUCCUGGAUGAACCAGACUCUCCACUUGAGGUUAGAAGUGAUACUAAAUUUUAAGAUUUGUUGAUUGC